AAAACCUGCCCGGGGGGCUGCAAACCCACCUCACCGGACAACUCCAAGAGAAGCGCCUCCCGCGGCAUACCCCCGGGCCCGAGUCGGAGCUAAGAGGCACCAGCAGCCACCCACACAGAAAACAGACACCAUGUGCGACGAAGAUGAGACCACCGCCCUCGUGUGCGACAAUGGCUCUGGCCUGGUGAAAGCCGGCUUUGCCGGAGAUGAUGCCCCCAGAGCAGUGUUCCCUUCUAUCGUGGGCCGCCCCCGUCAUCAGGGCGUCAUGGUGGGUAUGGGUCAGAAAGAUUCCUACGUAGGCGACGAGGCUCAGAGCAAAAGAGGUAUCCUGACCCUAAAAUAUCCCAUUGAACACGGUAUCAUCACCAACUGGGACGACAUGGAAAAGAUCUGGCAUCACACCUUUUACAACGAGCUCCGAGUUGCCCCCGAGGAGCACCCCACCCUGCUCACUGAAGCCCCUCUCAACCCCAAGGCUAACCGGGAGAAGAUGACCCAGAUCAUGUUUGAGACUUUCAACGUCCCCGCCAUGUAUGUGGCCAUCCAGGCUGUGCUGUCCCUCUACGCCUCCGGCCGUACCACCGGUAUAGUGCUGGACUCGGGCGACGGUGUCACCCACAACGUACCCAUCUAUGAAGGUUACGCACUGCCCCACGCCAUCAUGCGUUUGGACUUGGCGGGUCGGGACCUCACUGACUACCUGAUGAAGAUCCUCACUGAGCGUGGCUACUCCUUCGUGACCACUGCUGAGCGUGAGAUCGUGAGAGACAUCAAGGAGAAGCUGUGCUACGUGGCCCUGGACUUCGAGAAUGAGAUGGCCACUGCUGCUUCUUCCUCUUCCCUGGAAAAAAGCUACGAGCUGCCUGAUGGUCAGGUCAUCACUAUCGGCAAUGAGCGCUUCCGUUGCCCGGAGACUCUCUUCCAGCCUUCCUUCAUUGGUAUGGAAUCUGCCGGUAUCCAUGAGACCACUUACAACAGUAUCAUGAAGUGUGAUAUUGACAUCAGGAAGGACCUGUACGCCAACAAUGUCAUGUCUGGGGGGACUACCAUGUACCCCGGUAUUGCUGACCGGAUGCAGAAAGAAAUCACAGCCCUCGCCCCCAGCACAAUGAAGAUCAAGAUCAUUGCCCCUCCUGAGAGGAAAUAUUCUGUCUGGAUCGGUGGGUCCAUCCUGGCCUCUCUGUCCACCUUCCAACAGAUGUGGAUCACCAAACAGGAGUACGACGAAGCUGGACCCUCCAUUGUCCACCGCAAAUGCUUCUAAACAUGUUUACAAGAUCAGUGUGCUCACUAUUCUCAGGAUGACGGAUGUUGGUGGUUGAGCUCUUGCAACAGCCAAAUAAUUAUGGCAUUAGCAUGUCUAUUCCUGUUGCUGCAAACCCCCAAUUGACACAACGUUUGUAAAGUGUACAUAAAUUAAUUUAUUUUACUUUGUUUUGUUAUUUUUAAAACAAAAUCCUGCAGAAAUGGAAAACUUCAAGAAGCAUUAAAGUCAGUCAUUCUGUCAAGUCCCAUAAAA